GGUCGUUUUCUCAGCCCCUUUCCCAACAAGCGAAGAAGAAGAACCGGAAGUGUCACUCCUGCUGUAGGCGCUAGCUGAAGCUACGUCGCUGCCAUCGUCUCACCGGAUUGGGGGGUUUGACGACAGGAACAACCGCUUCAUCCCGGGUCCAGUCACGAACACCCGUCUUCACUGGGGUCUCUGGAGAGAUGAACAACAACGGGAAUAAGAGAGCUCCAACCACAGCCACUCAGCGACUUAAGCAGGAUUACCUCAGGAUAAAGAAAGACCCCGUGCCUUACAUCUGUGCAGAACCUCUCCCCUCCAACAUCCUAGAAUGGCACUAUGUAGUCAGAGGUCCUGAGAAAACUCCAUAUGAAGGAGGAUAUUACCACGGAAAACUCAUUUUUCCCCGAGAGUUUCCUUUUAAACCACCUAGUAUCUAUAUGAUUACACCGAAUGGGAGAUUUAAGUGUAAUACAAGGUUAUGUUUGUCCAUAACAGACUUCCAUCCAGACACGUGGAACCCUGCGUGGUCUGUUUCCACCAUCCUCACGGGUCUGCUCAGCUUCAUGGUGGAGAAGGGCCCCACCCUCGGGAGCAUUGAGACCUCAGACUACACGAAAAGACAGCUGUCGGCCCAAAGCCUGGCCUUCAACCUCAAGGAUAAAGUGUUCUGCGAGCUGUUUCCUGAUGUAGUUGAUGAGAUGAAACAGAAACAGAAGGCCCAGGAGGAGUUAAGCGCCCGCACACAGCCCCUCCCCUUACCUGACGUGGUGCCAGACGGUGACCCCCAACACGCCCACUACGGCAUUCCUCCCCUUAACGGAGGUCCCGUCCCACUCGCAGGUGCCAACCCUGCCCCUGGUCUGCAGCAGGCCAAUCGCAACCACGGACUUCUAGGAGGGGCUCUGGCCAACUUGUUUGUGAUUGUAGGCUUUGCUGCGUUCGCCUACACAGUCAAAUACGUGCUGAGGAGCAUAGCUCAGGAGUGAGAGGAGCUGGCUUUGUAGGGUGACCCCCCCACCCUGCAGGCGGGCCAGUUAGUGGACUCCAAAUUCUACAAACACACUACGUGGGGGGAGGGAUGUUCAGUCCAGGGUAAAGCCCCUCCACAACCACCACCACCACCAUGGACUAUGGAAGACGGAAACUCAAAGCCGACCCGCCCAGGAAGGAUUGAGAGGUGGGGGAGUGGACAAUAGGGCAGGGGCAGGGGUUGUAAGGGGCUUAUUAAUAAGGUUGUGAUCCACUCUGGGCUUUGGAGGUUUAGGUCAGCAAUAGGAACAGACUUGGCUCAUGGGUUGUGGUAGAACGUUAACGUGACGUCUUGUAAACAGGCCAUAGGUUGUCGCAGCGUGCACGAAGACACCAACACGAAUGUGCUCUACUGAGGUGGAAUGGAAUGCAGCAUUCUCCUGCAGUGUCUCGAACAGCACUGAUAAAAUCUUGUCUCCUUUCAGUAGAUCAUACUAAAUUAAGUCUCCCAUGCCUGUCUCUGCUACCGAAAGCCUUUUCCUCUGCAGAUUUUCCAUUUUACAGUCGCCUCAGGGUGUGAUGAUGUUGCAGUUUUGAAAUUCAAGAGAAGAGAUUCAGGAAAUGUUUGCGUGAUCUUUCAGAUAUGUACGUGUUAUAUUUCACCAUCAGAUUUCUUCACCUGCAGAGUUCAGACUUUCAAUUUCACAUCCUCACAGGUGACUCUGUUACUCUAUAAAGUCAUGUCUGGUUCAAGGAAGAAUUAUUUUUUCUCAGGUUUAAAAAAAAAAAAGAAAAGAGCAGUCAGUCAAACAGAGAAUAGACACUGGUCUGAAAUUUAAGCACAUUACCUGAAAGCUCACUUCAUCAGUUUUUAGCAUUAUCCCUGCCGCCCUGUCAAAGUGUGUGUGUGUGUGUGUGUGUGUGUGUGUGUGUGUGUGUGUGUGUGUGUGUGUGUGUGUGUGUGUGUGUGUGUGUGUGUGUGUGUGUGUGUGUGUGUGUGUGUGUGUGUGUGUGUCAAAACCUUAACAUCAGAGAUAAAAGGCUUGUGUCCUUUGUUGACAAGAAAAAGUUAAUCAUGAAUAUUUAUGACCUGCAAACAUCCAACAUGCUCAUUAGUAAUCAGUGACUAAUAUCAAACAGCACAUGCACAAAGAUAAACAUCAAAAGAGCGUCUGCGUGUGUAAUCAUUAGAUUACAUUUCUGAUGAUGACGAGUCAAAACGAGUGAGUGGAAAAAGCAGUUUUGCCACAACAGGGUAUAAACGACGUAGAAACACCAACUUGGGAGCGUCGGUCUGUUGAAGAGAGACUGACGCACGGUCAAGGUUUGAAGCGAGUCCAGAUGUUGUUUCCAGUCAACCCAUGAGCCAAGCACUGAACCAGUGUCUGCGCAGGAUGUCAGACCAGGACCUCUUCUUUUCCUUUUUUCAAUUGGCUUAGCUGACCAGUAUAGUAUAGCUCUAUAUACUGUAGGUCCAAGGAAGGAGACGCGUGAAAAGAACCAACAGUUUUGUGUCUUUAUGUUUUUUUUGUUUUUUUUCUUUUGUGUUUUUGUUCUCUUUAUUUAUAGAGAAAAUCUGGGCCUGUCUGUCCCAACUCUGAGGAAACGUCUAGUGUUGCCUAAAAGAGGCGUUAUAAUGGACAAACAUGCGCAGACAGGUCACUUCCCAGACUCCCAUAAUUGCUGAUAAUUUACUGUUGUGCAUUGCAUUUAGUAAAGAUGGUUCUAUUGUGUAUCUAAUGUUUCAACAGAAAACUGAUCUGACGGUAGAAGAUUGGCCUUUGUGUUGCUCUUUUCUCUGCACCAUCUUUAAAAAAAAACAAAUACAAACUGAUGAUGAUGGUGGGAGUGCGUUUGUGUGAUUAUCCAGCAAAUGCCCACAUUUCCAUGCUUCAGUUAAUCUUGUGUAACAUAUGUUUUCAUAGUAAAUGCAAAUAAAUAACCCUGCUUUGCAGGGCCUUUUAGAAAA